AGGAACGGACCUCAUCGCCCCUUUUUCGGUGUCCCAAGUCAAUACUGCGGAGAGUAAGAGCGAGCACGCUUAUCACUUCCUUUGGGUACUAGGGAGAACCCAAUAUUCUUACGUGCUCCUCUCGUCCGGCUAAUAUGGCUAUUCCUAUGCAGCGUCUCGGCGGUCGCGCCUUCGCGCACACUGACAGCGACGACGACGAGACGGAGCGCGAAUAUGACCGCCUCCGCGACCUAGCUCGCCAGGAAGCGCAAAGGCGCAACGCAUGCUUCGAGCGCUCCCAAGAGGCAUACAAGGCGGGCGAUGGCGCCGCGGCCAAGGAGCUGUCCAACGAGGGCAAGCGGCACGCGGCCCAAAUGGACGCCUACAACCAGCAGGCGUCCGACUUUAUCUUCCGCGCCAACAACGCCCCCGGCGAGGUCGGCGAGGACGAGAUCGACCUCCACGGCCAGUUCGUCGAGGAGGCAGAGCGCAUCCUGGAGGCACGUGUCCACGCCGACCGCCGGAGGGGAGCCUCGCACCUGUAUGCCAUCGUCGGCAAGGGCAACCACAGCGCCAACGGCGUGCAGCGCAUCAGGCCUGCCGUCGAGCGCCUCUGUGGUGAACUCGGUCUGCGCUACGCCACGGACGAAGAUAACACGGGACGCAUCCUGAUCAACCUCCAGGGCGGUGAGGCCGUCAUGCCUCCUCCCGGCCAGCAGCAGUCUCAUCAUCACCCUGGCCAUGGCGGGCACCAGCAACCGCAGCAAGGAGAAGACGACGGGCCCAGUUUACUGGGCUUGCUUGUACGCAAGCUGGAAAAGAAUUGCUGUAUCGUCAUGUAA